AUGCCUUCACCGAGUGCAUCAUCCUCGCCACCGGCCGUGGCGCCGUCCCAGACCACCCAAAUCAACUACUACCCCACGCCGCUGCCGCGUCAUCUGGCGUUGAGCAGUCGCUGUCUGUCGCACCUGUCGAUCAGGACAAGCUCAAUACAUUUGGCAACAUGUGCGUCAUUGCUUGAGCGUGCAGAGUACCAUCCGCACGCUGCUCUCGCUCUUUAUCGCAUCGCCUUCGUCACUGCGAUGCGGCACUCAUCUCUGCGUCACCUUACAACUUCCCCAUUUCGCUUCCACGUUAUCGAGGCUACACUCUCCUUCACACACCGUAUUCGCAGUGUCUAG